GUAUCGCCUAGCUAUCAAAGCAAGAUAGUAGGGCCCGACUCUGAACAGUUACCUUGAUUACUUUAAGCUGGCGACCAUACCAUUCUGAUUUUAAAUGACUACAGUAGUCACCCUGCAUAGAGAUACAAUAUAUUUAGUAUUCUAUUGUGUUUUAAAAAGCUGGAAUCUUUAAGUCCUACUAUUUCUCUUUAAGCAAGGGGUGAAGCCGAUGACAAAGGACACCAUCAAGGCCACUCGUUGAAUGGCAUACUCCAACCUAUUUAUAUGUACAUUACUGUAUUUAUACAUGGGAUAUUGUUUUUCAACAGGAAAAGUUUUUUUUUUUAAAUAGCUGGAGUGUACCUUUAAUGGUGAAACAGCCAUGUCUGUUUGUGAUAUUAAACCAAAGAAGUUGCAAACAAUGAACAAACACUGUUUUAUCCUCAUUGGACAUCAUUGCACGCGCGACAGGUCCCUUACAGAAUCAAGUAGUGCUGCAGCCACCAGGACCGUGUUACAACAUGGCCCACCAGCCUCCAUACAACCCAAUGCAAGCCAAGGGCCCCAUGCCGCCUGGCCCUGGACUCUAUAACUCUGGGCCCUACCAGCCCAUCCCACCAGUCAGCUCUUACCAGGCCUCCCCAGGUCAGCCCAUGUUAAACAGGCCUCCUAUGGGACCUCCCCACCCCAUGACCUCCCCUCAGUCCACCAGCCCUUUCCCAGGCCCAGAGCAGGCCACCCCUGCUCUACCUGUGUCUGCUAACAGCUACUACCAGCACCCCCCAGCCUGGCAGUAUGGGGCCCUUCCACUGAUGGGAGCUCCUCCACCAAUAGGGGUGCCGCCUCCUAUGGCCACGCCUCCCCUCGCGUUUGUGGAUAAUCACGUGACCUCCUCGCCUAGCUUGGCACCACUCCAGGCCUCCUCGGCGGGGUACAGCGCAGCUCCUUCUCCUGUCUACCACAACGCCGUGCAACCCUCGGGUCCUCCCUUGCCUCCAACCUCCCUCCACAGAUACACCCAGCCAGGCUCUGCCCCUCCUCCAAUGAAACCCGUGGCUCCUCCUCACACAUACCAGCCAGGUAUGACAGCACCUUACGGCCAGCCACCUACAGGACCCCCACCCUCGAUGAGACCCACUCCACCCCCCAUGGGCAAUGCUACCCCUCCCCUUCCCUUUGGCCCCAAGACUGAUGGACACAUACCCACACCUGCUAAUGGCGCUCAAGUUCCCAACAGCUUUGAUCACUUGGAGACAGGCCCUAAAAUGGCUGGCCCACCCCAGCAGCCAGCCCCCCCUGCUCGACACAUGGGUCUGUCCUACCCCUCUUUACCCCCAGGGUACCAGAACACCUCCGCCUCCCCCAUGCAGGCCCAGACGCAGCCUUACAGCCAUGCGCCUCAGUCAUACCAGCAGUCGUCUGCAGGUCCAGCCCAGCUGAGCCCCUCCCUGGCUGGGUUGAGUCUGCAGUCCCAGACCCCUGAGACCCUGAGGGUGGUUAACCUGCUGCAGGAGAGGAGCCUGCUCCCCCCGGGCCCCAUCACCCCUCCUACGCCCUGCCUGCCACAGGACCUGCAGAAAAUCAACUGUCACCCAGAGGUCUUCCGCAGUACCCUGACCAGCAUCCCCCAGACCCAGUCUCUGUUAAACAAAGCCAAGCUUCCACUCGGCUUGCUGCUCCACCCCUUCAAAGAUCUCUCGCAACUGCCUGUGGUCACCUCCAGCACUAUAGUGCGGUGUCGCUCCUGCAGGACGUAUAUCAACCCCUUCGUGACCUUCCUGGACCAGAGGAGAUGGAAGUGUAACCUGUGCUACCGGGUCAACGACGUUCCAGAGGAGUUCAUGUACAACCCAGUCACCAGAUCGUACGGAGAGCCACACAAAAGACCUGAGGUCCAGAACGCCACCAUCGAGUUCAUCGCACCCUCAGAAUACAUGCUGAGACCCCCCCAGCCUGCCGUUUAUCUCUUUGUGCUGGAUGUAUCCCACAACGCCGUGGAAACGGGAUACCUAGAUGUCGUCUGUCAUUCACUGCUGGAGAACAUCAACGCGCUCCCUGGAGACUCCAGGACAAAGAUUGGCUUCAUCUCCUUUGACAGCACCAUCCACUUCUACAACCUCCAGGAGGGCCUGGCCCAACCACAGAUGCUCAUCGUUUCGGACAUUGAAGAUAUAUUUUUACCAACACCAGACAGCCUUUUAGUGAACCUCAAUGAAUGCAAGGAGCUGGUGCAGGAUCUGCUGAAGAGCUUGCCCCAGAUGUUUGCCAAGACCAUGGAGACCCAGUCUGCUCUGGGCCCGGCCCUGCAGGCAGCCUUCAAGCUGCUGUCGCCCACCGGGGGGCGCGUGUCCGUCUUCCAGACCCAGCUGCCCAAUCUGGGCGUGGGGGCCCUCAAGUCCAGAGAGGACCCCAACCAGAGAGCUUCAGCCAAGGAUAUCCCGAACCUGUCUCCUGCCACAGACUUCUAUAAGAAGCUGGCCCUGGACUGUUCAGGACAGCAGGUGGCUGUGGACCUGUUCCUACUGAGCUCCCAGUACUGUGACCUGGCCUCUUUAGCUUGCAUAUCCAGGUACUCAGCAGGAAGUGUGUACUACUACUCCUCCUACCAGCAGCAGCACAACCCAGCCGGGGUUGAGUGCUUCCAGAAGGAUCUCAAGAGGUACCUCACCAGGAAGAUUGGCUUGGAGGCUGUAAUGAGGAUCCGCUGCACUAAAGGUUUGUCCAUCCACACGUUCCAUGGGAACUUCUUUGUGCGCUCCACGGAUCUGCUGUCCCUGCCCAAUGUGAACCCAGACGCGGGCUUUGCUGUGCAGAUGUCCAUUGAGGAGAACCUGGUGGACAUGCAGUCCGUCUCCUUCCAGGCUGCGCUGCUCUAUACAUCCAGCAAAGGAGAGAGAAGAAUUCGAGUCCACACCAUGUGUUUGCCUGUUGUCAACUCCCUGUCUGACAUCUUUGCUGGGGCUGAUGUCCAGGCUAUCACUGGUCUGCUGGCCAGCAUGGCUGUGGAUCGCUCGGUGACAUCCAGUUUGAGUGACGCCCGGGACGCGAUGACCAACGCUUCCAUUGACUCUCUGACAUCCUACCGCACCUCUGUGCUCACCAUCCAGCAGCCUGGCCUCCUGGCCCCCGCCUGCCUCAGGCUGUUCCCCCUCUACAUCCUGGCCCUGCUCAAACAGAAAGCUUUCCGAACCGGUACAAGCACCAGGCUGGACGACCGUGUGUUUGCCAUGUGUCAGCUGAAGUACCAGCCCCUGGCCUACGUCAUGCUGAUGAUCCACCCAGCGCUGUACCGCGUGGACGACCUGACUGACGAGGGAGCCCUGAACAUCAGUGAGCGCGCCAUCCCCCAGCCCAGAGUCCAGCAGCUGUCUGUGGAGAAGCUGAGCAGAGAGGGGGCCUUCCUCAUGGAUGCUGGCUCGGUGAUCUAUCUCUGGAUCGGAAGAAACUGCAACCCCGACUUCCUCACGCAAGUCCUGGGGGUCCCAGACUACGCUGCUGUGCCUCAGAACAUGAACCUUCUCCCGGAGUUGGACACUGCAGAGUCCCAGAGAACCAGAGCGUUUGUUGGCUGGCUGAGGGAACAGAGGCCCUUUUUCCCCAUCCUGCAUGUCAUUAGGGAUGAGAGCCCACUGAAAGCCAGCUUUAUGCAGAACAUGAUUGAGGAUCGGACAGAGUCGGCCUUGUCUUACUAUGAGUUUUUACUCCACGUCCAACAGCAAGUCUCCAAGUAAACGCAGCGUAUGGAGUCAGCCCUGGGAACACUGACCGGAUGUGCAUCAGUGUGUGAACGAACGUUGGGAAGAUUGAACCUGUCAGGAACGGCUGACUCUCACAGCAUCUUCAGUUAUGGCGCACUAUUUUUGUGUCUAGCAUUGCCUUUCCUAAAGAUUGCCCCCCCCAUCCGCAGACUUUCUUUCAAACAGAUCAAACUUUGUGGUGACAUGGACAGAGGCAACUAGGCUAAUUCUGAUUUGCCUCUUUUUGUUUUCAGCUGGAACAUGUCAAGACCAGGGAAUCCAUGAAACGAUAUUAUGUACAUCAGUGAUUGAACAAAUCAGUGUUUAUUCUCAUAGAGCUAUGCUUUCUAAGAGAUCUUUUCAGAUACAGUUCUGGCUAUGGAUGUGAAGUCUUGUUCAAAAAGCACCGUUGUAUUUGUUAAUAAAGUAAUAUAUGUAUCAUGCUGAAGGCCAUGUUGGAGGAGUAUCGUCUAACCUUGGACUGUUUAUUAUUGGAUGUCAACUUAUGCAUAAGAAUACAGUAUAUCUCAGCUAUGAUGAUGAUGACAAUAGUAAUCUACCAAUUAGUGGUAAAGGACAGAAGUUUGGUUAUUGUGUCGAACAAAUCUCUAGGCUUAAUGUAAAGUCCAAAAUGUAGAUGUUUUUAAAGGUGAACAGAGCUCGUUAUAAUUUCCUGCCUUGAAUGUUGUUGACUAAGGGGGAUUCCACGGUAACAGUGACACUGAGACUCAAAUAUUUCACUUUAAAAUGUAUUUCAAACAAAAACCAGUGAUUGCAAAGUUAAACAAACCAUACAACUCUAUGCAUAAUGUCUGUUACUGUGGAAUUGCCCCUAAGCAAUGGAAUGCCGUCUCAUCUCUUGGGUCUGGUCUUUCCUUCAAAGACUCACCCUUUUUCCUCCUCUUGGACAUUCAAAACUAUCAUUUUUUUGUGUUUUUAGUUUAAUUUAUGAGAUUCCCGAUCUGAUUAAAUACGGUUAUUGCCUUGUAUGGGAACUCACUUUUUAUUAUUGAAACUGUUUAAAUACAGAUACAUGAAAUAUUUUAAUAUAAUAGGAUAUGGGAAAUUCUUUAACGCAGACAUAAAGCCAUUGUGAUCUUUUAAUCAUGCUUAUUGAUACUUGUAUAUUGAAAAUACUACAUUAUAAUGGUAAAGAAUUGCUGAUUUUAGUAUGAACAUAUGAAGAGACGCUAAUAAAAUUUUGGGACUUUUUAAACGUA